AUGGGUUCGGAGAUGAGCACAAAGGAAGGAAGUGAUUACCAAAAUGGAAAUGUCAAAAAGGACGAUGAUUUGUACGAAAAUGGCGCAGACGAAAAUGAUCGAGAUAAAGAAGGUAAAGCAGCUCAAGACAUGGGGAGUAAAUAUAAAAAUGGCGAUAUUCGCAGCAGAAAACCGGUUAAAGCGGGAAGUAGGACAAAAGCUGAGCUGAGGAAAGCAAUUCUCAAAACUAAACAACCAAGCAUGAACGAACAGCAUAAACCUAUCGCCAUUCCAAAGUGGCUCUCCCCAAUUUAUUCUGUUGUGAUGUUUGUGGAAAAUACUUUGCCUUCGAGGUUCAGACGACUGCUUGUUUUUCUGACCAUUGUCGGGCUUGCAUUUGGAACCAGGCUGUUCAGUGUGACAAUGCCACCUCAUAUCUGGUUAGUCAAAGUUUUCGUGUUUAUCAAAUCUGAAUCAAUUGCCAAGAUUGAUGAUGUUAACUUUGCAGUCUAUGUUCUGUCAGUCGAUGGACUAACCUUGUGGAGAUUCCACUGGAUCCUUUCUUAUUGUAGCAUCAUGAUACUUUGCCGUGAUAUUUAUAUUUUGAAAAUUUACCCUCCCCUCUGAAUUGAUUGAGCGUUUUCAGUUCUUUCUCUUCCUUUCGAGACUGAUGCCUUAACGAUGAGGCGAUUUCGGUAAUUACCUUCAAGUUGCCGAAAGAGAAUAACUAUUAGUAGUGUAUUUCUCACGCAUAAGUUAUCGUUAUUCGAUUAUUUUGCUGGCUCAAAAGCUUCCCAAGCUUUCGUUAGAGAAAAAAUGACGUUUGAGCGAGUCAUGAUGAUUAAAGUCACAUCCAAAACAGGUAUAAAUUCACGUCUGUGUACAGUAAUGACUUAGUUAUCUAACUCGAUCAGAAAAAGACAAAAAACUACAACAACAACAACAACAGAAAAGAAAAACAUAAAACUAGAUACACGAAAAAAAAAAUGGAAAAGUAAACAAAACAUAGAAAGCGGUGAAUUGUUUUCUAAUGCAUUGUGUUUCGACGGCUAAGAAAAGAAUGAGGGGCUAAGGGGACUUAGAGACAUUAUAACACGAUUUUUUGCUGACCAAAAUUAUUUCUAGAGAGAGAAACUUAUGAAGGAGUGAAGGCUGACCCUGCCAACCUGAAUGCUCUCUCCUGCAGCGGCUUCUCUUAUUAUUUUUUUGAACGAUAAUAAAGAUUAAAUUAAGAUAUUGAAGAAAUCAUGAGGAUUCUGAUGGACUGAGGAAUCAUUCCUUCUGAAGUUGCUAAACCUGUGCAAAUCGGAAAGCAGGCUUUACCUAAAAUUUCUAUCUCAACGGGAACCGGAGUAGGUAGUGUGGAUAUUUUUACAGUGGUUUCCGUAGCUUUUUUUAAUGAGUGGAUGUCGAUGGUAGAAUAGAAGGGCUGUGGUCACUAAGGGCGUCGUACAAACAGCAGAAGACAGCUUCUGUCAGCGUGUGACAAGAGGUGAAGGUGGAAGAGAUGUUCAUUAAAAAGUUUUUCCUCAUUCCAUUAAAACAUGGAUCUACAGAAUUAUCUGAAACCUACUUUGGGAAAUAAUCUGCUUUGAAUGAAAAUUAACCGAUGAAUAUGGCCACGAGUAAUAAUCCUAAGGCCAAAAAAAUUUCUGGAAACCACUUCUUAGUCGGAGUAGGACCUGGGUAGGAGAUAAGCCGUGUAGGUUCGAAUCGUAGACUUGCGAAGCGCGCUCACGACGCUUCGGUUUGGCGAAUGAAUACUUAGGAUUUACAUCUCUUUGUCACAAAAUAUGACUCCUCGAAAAGGCGCAAAGGCGAAAAAGCCAGACAAAGAUAGCGACAAUGAGUCCGAAAUGUCUUCACCGUCGGAGACUACACGCGAUUGUGCCAAAGAUGUCCACAUGUCUAAGUCGAAUGAUUUGCCAAAAGUGAACCGCAAAGUGUUUGGCCGGCUAAUAGUUUUUGGAGGAAUCUUACUCAUUACAUUUGCAACCCGACUUUAUGCAUUAGAAGACCCACCUCAUAUAUGGUAAGAGAGUUAAGAAUUAUAACGUUCAAUAAUUUUCGAUUGAUUUGUUACUAUGUUCAAUAUUUCCAGUUGUACUACUACGGAAAUAUUGCUUUUAUUGUAUAGUUUCGUUCUGAAUGACGCCCAGUGUGAGGUGUCUCACUGCCUUGUAACGGACUAAAUUUAACGUGGAAACUUAAGAAUUUAGGGACUUGUAGAAAUUAUUGACCACUCAAGGGGCUGGAUUGCCGCUCCUUAAUUACGGUUGUGUAGCAACUGUUGACGCCAUUUUAAAACAAUUAACUGAGUGCCAAGAUAUUCCUCGAUUCCUUUGGGGAUUUUUCAACCGUAACAGUCAAUUUAUUUUAAGUUGAAUUACAACAACAAAUUGUGUACGUAUAGUUCAUAACUAUGCCUUUCUGUCAUUUUUUAUUGCACUCUGAUCAAAUUCAAGUUACCGGCUUUCAUUACGAGCUUGAAACGAAUAUUGCAUGAAUCGGUAUUCCAGUAAGCAAUUGUUGAGUGAAUCGAGCAAUUCUUGAGUGAAUCUUUGAUAACUCAUUAAUUUUUGGACGGUAAUUGUUUAUUAACCCCCAGAAGAUUUUGGUUGUUUUAAAUUUUCUGCUCUUAGCAAGAAUUUCGAAUUUACUCUCCUCCAUUAAUUAUAGCCACUUGUGUUUUCACUCUUUGUUGUUCAGUGACUGUGCAAGAUUGUUACAGCUGUUUGUGUAUCUUCCUACUGGUGCUUAAACAAACGCGUUACACCCAUAUUUUUAAGGUGGCUCCAUUGGGUUUUUUGACUGCGUGAGAUCUGGAUACUAACAUAGCUUGAGCUUAAAACCUGGCAAUCUAAUAUGAUUGUAUGAUUGUUACCUGAAAAGGUGUUUAAAAACAGUUCAACACAAUACAGUUGUUAUGUGAUGGAAUCAAGGGUUACCACCUGUAGUAUUCAUAGUCCUUCUAUGCCUGAAGGUCAACUGGAAAGAAAACACUGUAAGAGAGAUUGCCAAAAGGCAACAGAUUUGAAAGUCUACACAUGAUCAGAUACCAAUCUUGGCAAAGCUCUAUUCCAUUGUGUAAUGCUUUGUGACAAAGAAAAUUGGGAUCAAUGGCUUUUCCUUUAGUGAAAUUUCACAAGAUUUGCUGGACCAUUAAACAUAUUUUUGUCUUUCCUAGUAACUGUUGAUUAAAAAAAAUUAAUGGGACCAAAUUUAAGAUAGAGGAAGGAAACACAGAAUUGCAAAUAGUCAGAAGACUACCUUUGUAACCCCCUAUUUUUUUGGCUUUUAAAUAAUUGGCAGGACAAAUUGGGAAAAUUUUGAGAGGUUUCACGGAAGAAAAUUGAAGAAAAUGGGAGGCAAAGCCAAACUAUUGCUGGAAAUCACCUCCCUUUGUGGAGCCUUAGCUUAGUAACGAAAAUCAUUUUCUUAAUAUUCACCACAGCAAACGAUAGUCUGAACCUUGCUCAUCACCUUCUGAUGGCUUUUAAUGACCUAGAAAAGUGAAAACAUAAAAAAUUUUCUAGAAAAACAGUACACUGGUGUGCAUGCGAACAUUGAGCAAAAACCCUAUGGAGCCACCUUAGAUACUACUCAAGCUAUUACAGUAUAUAAAUUGACAAAUGUUUGGUGAUCUUGUAUUUUCUCGUAAAAAUUUUUUUGUCUGUUUGUUUGUUUGUUGUCUGGAGAGGGGGAGGGGGAGAGAGGGGGAGGGGGAGGGGGAGGGGGGGGGUUUAAGGUUGAAAAAGAAAAAUGAGAAGUUUUUCCUCAAAAAGUUGCCUUGUCUUAAAAUGAGCAUACAAGUCUUUGUACAAAUAGGCUCUUUAGGAAAGUGGUCAUAAGGGGAAAACUUGCCAGUAUAGAUCUUUAAACUUUUAACUCCCAUUUUAUUUCUUCUUACAAUACUUCUACAACAUCAACCAGAUAAGUAAUGAAAAUAAAGAAAAAUAACAAUUUGGGGAUAAUUAGCUGAUCCAAUGCUAAAUUCUCUGAAUUAACAUUAAAAGAAUUGUAUGGUUGACAGUAAGGAGAAUUACAAAUUUGAUGCGAGAGUUAGGGUUAAACAAGGAUAAUUUGAAAACCUUAGGCUAUUUUUGUCAAGGUCUCUUUCUUCUAUAAUUUAUGCAUUUAAUUACAAAAACAUAGACAGCCAAAAACUAUUUGCUUUGAAUGAUAUCGUGGGUAUACAUGUCGGAUGACCAAAUGAAAAACUUGGCAAACACUAUAGCCCUUGUUGCCUGCUACUACUGCAGUAGUCUUGUUUACUUUCAAAAACUAUAUUACUGUGCUGUUGUCAGGCCAGGCCUACUGAUGGUUAUUGCAUUUAAUUUGGUGGAUGUCUACUAGCAGUAGCUACACCACAGCUGCAACUGUAAUUUUAGUCUCCCAAUAUUUUCAAAGAUAACAGUCACCCAAGCGAGAUCUACAGAUUUUUUGAAUGUGAUUGUUGCCAAACUCAGCAACUGAAGGAGUUUGGAAUCUGUGAGUCACUUUAUAUUGACCGAUAAUCCUUAAAAUUUUUAGAGCUGGAAAAUUCUGAUGCACUUAUUUAAAAGAGCAUGCAUAGUUCUUUUUAUUCCUUUAGUUGCUGAGAUAUAUUUUCUUAGAUAUUUCUCUCAGUGCUUUAUUUAUAACCCCCAAAGAUUUCUGAAGAUUUCAACAGUUGGAAAAUUCUGAUGCACUUAUUUAAAAGAGCAUGCAUAGUUCUUUUUAUUCCUUUAGUUGCUGAGAUAUAUUUUCUUAGAUAUUUCUCUCAGUGCUUUAUUUAUAACCCCCAAAGAUUUCUGAAGAUUUCAACAGUUGUCUCCCAUGUCCACAAACCCAUUGAGCAGAAUUAAAAAUAUGAAAUUAUUUUAACUUCUUCUUGAUGUUCUUGAUAUUGUAGUUGGGAUGAAACUCAUUUUGGCAAACAUGCUAAUUACUACCUCAAAGGAGAAUUCUUUUUUGAUGUUCACCCACCUUUAGCAAAGGUAAGCAUUUAUAACAAUUUGAUUGUCAUCACUAGGGUUUUUUUAUACUGUUAAUCUUGGGUGUAAAUGUUCUUUUUUAAGCAAAAUUUUCAGAUUACUCUGUUUUUUUGUCUCAGUCUAUAAAAUGGUUCAUGAAAAUGAACAAAUUGUAAACAAAUAAUUAUCUUAAAUUUAGAAUUGCAGUGAAGUAUUCAAUUCAAUUAAAAGUAAUUUAUGAGGUAUUAAUUGAAUGAAAUUAUGAAUGGAUGGAUGAAUGAAUAAAUGAAUGGUUAACUGAGAGAAUGGUCAAUUGAUUAAGUAAAGAGUAAAAGCCAAACAGAACAAUCUAAAAACACUCUGACAUGAUUAUAUUUUACAUUUUAUCCUCCUAAAUAAGUCUAUUAAUUUUUUUUCCUUGAAACAGAUGUCAAUUGCCUUGGCUGGAUAUCUUAGUGGCUAUAAUGGUUCAUUCCCAUUUGAUAAACCUGGUGAUAAUUAUGGAGAAAACAGCUAUGUAGGCAUGAGAUUGGUGAGAUGUUAUAUAAUCAUAUAUUUUUGUUGCACAGUAAUUAACCUGUUUGUAUUUAUUAUAUAGUUUUAAUUAAUUGAUUAACAUUUUUCUAAGGGGUCAGCUAUGAACUAUUCCUGUUUUUGUCUUAGUUAAGCAUGGCAAGAGUCUGUUUUCAUCUUGUCUGAAAUGUAAUUUGUGACUGAUGUUUUUUAGGAGAAUUAUGCUGUCAAUUACAUCUACUGUACCCUUCCGCACAUGAGAUUAAAAUAAUUAUGUUCCAUUGGCCCAUCAAACCCCUUUGUUGCAAGAGAAAAACUGAAAAGUUUUCUGUCCACCACUGGCACUUGUUUUUGACUGUGUUUGAUACCAUCUUUGCAUCAAUGCUCAACAUUCUUCUAACCCCUGUGAACAAAUGGAGCUGUGCAGAUCUGUCACUUGAUUUUGUAAAACAGCGGAGAGUAGUAUGCUACACUUGAAAUUUCUGCCUUGUUUGUUGACUGGAAAAGCCACUGAUGACCACCACCAACAAGUACAAAAACCUCCUCUGAAGUGUAGGCAAGGCAAAAGCUUCACCUGAAUGGGAAAAAAAUUGGAAGUUUUGCUGUUAAAACAUUGAAGUUUGAUAGCUUAACAGAACAUUUUUAUCACAUGCAUGGAAUGACACAUGUAGAUGGAAUCAACAGUAUUUAUAUUCAAUUUAUUUUAAACCUUUGAUCUCCUUUUUGAGCAUAGUAACACACAGUAAAUGUUAUGUCCAGAAUACUUUGUAAUGUCAUCAUGGAAGUUGUAUUAAGUCAUAUCAAGCACUACAUGUAAGAUUGUCGUUCUCUCUUUGUGUUUUAGUUUUGUGCAAUAUUGAAACUGUAUUAAAUUAUCUCAACAAUUAUGGUGGUUCUUUCUUUUUUGUGUGUUUUAGUUUUGUGCAAUAUUGGGUGCCCUGUGUGUACCACUUGCUUAUCUUACUGUGUGGGAGCUCACCAAGUCAACAGGCGCUUCCCUUCUGAGCACAGCAUUCAUAGUCUUUGGUAAGUUGAAUAAAUCAUUUAGAAGUUAUAUAACCCUCUAACUCCCAUGAGUGACCAGGACAGAAUUUCUCCUAACAAUAUCAAGCAAAUAAGUGAUAAGAAUGAAGAAAAAUAUCAAUUAGGGGAUAUUGAUCUAAUACCAAAUUCUCCAAACUAACAUUGCCAUAAAUUAGUAUAGUUACGAACAUACUGACAAGGAGAAUUUGUUUUUGAUCAAGUGCCUUGUAAAUGGGUGAUUAUUUCCUUUCUUCUCAUUACCUGUGCAUCUGAUUAAAGGGUGGUAGAGUAAGUAAAAAUUAGAUGCUAGUCAUUCCCAGGGGUUAUAGGGUUAACCCUUUAAACUCUCAUGAUCUCAUCAAUAAUUCUCUCUACUGUCUGCCAUACAGUUCUUGUGGUGUUAGUUUGGAGAAUUUGGUAUUGGAUCAACUUAUAAUUCCUCGAUCUAUAUUUUUCUUUGUUCUCAUCACUUGUCUGCUUGAUAUUGUAUUGAUAUUGUAAAGAGAAAUUCAGUCUGUCUUGGUCAUUCAUGGGAGUUAAAGGCUUAAGGCUGUUGGCACCUUGCUAUUGUGAUAACUCCCAGUGUUUUUAAUGAGAACAACUUCUUUGUUUGGUAUAUUUUCCUUAUAGUAUCCUCUUCCUUUAAUUUUGAUGUACCAUUAAACUAAAGAACAGAGUAGACCUCCUUCAUCUUUUGCCUAUUACAACCCACUGACUUUUUAUUUUGAAAAGGAACUGUUAUGCCCUUAUGUUCUCAUUUUGCAUUGCAGAUCAUGGAUGCCUUACAAUAUCACAGUACAUUUUACUGGAUCCAGUUUUAAUGUUUUAUAUUAUGUUAUCAACUUAUUCCUUUACCAAGUUUCAAAACUGCAAAAAUGUGUAAGUACCUCAUUUGCUAUCUACUCAUUGCUGUUUAAUGUCAGAAAAAAAUGCAACAUUGGUUAUGGUGAGAUUGGGUCCAUUUGAGUAUGCUCUACAAGACUAUGGCACUCCACAAUGUAAUUGAAAUCUUUCAAAAAUGUUCUGCUUAGUUUGUUUUAAGCAUGACAAGUAAAAUAAAUAUUCAAACCACCAGAGCAAUCCUUUUAACUGUUGAAUUUUUGAGAAUUCCAAGUGAUUUUAGGCAAUGAUAUGAGGUGCUACAGGUGGGAAAUUUCACUGGUACUGCCUAAGAGGGAGGAUACUGUCAAAUGUUUUAUUGCCGUUGUAGAUAUUGGGUGUCUCACUGUGUGUAUGUUGUAAUGCUAUCGAUGGUUAACUUCAUGUUUGUUUCUUUUUAUAUACAAGUCCUUAUACCUUUGAGUGGUGGGCUUGGAUGGCAGCAUCUGGUGUAUUUUUGUCUUGUGCAUUUAGGUGAGUGAGUGACUGAAACUGCUUAACUUACAUCUUGAUUAUGUUUCAUCUACCUCUCCUUUCAAUGUUGGCCAACAAGUACCCUGUGAGUUACACCAUCAAGUGUUUGUAGGGUAGUGUAGCUAUUCAUUAGCACUUAGGUAAUGUAAUAUCUGUAAAGUUAUGUACUAAGCAAAUGCCAUCUUUCUGUCUUAUUCUUUUUCGGAAGUUUAACUUGUCAUACAAUGGUUUUCAGUAGAAAGUGGUCUGUCUUUUCUUGAUUAAAACUAAGUGGAAAUAUAUAUUUAGUCCUUGUCAUCUGAAUUGGUGAACUUUUGCCCUCACAAAAUGAUUUUAAUUUUCCCAGUACCCCUAUGUGUAGUUUGAUCUCUAAGUUAACAGUAUUUCAGGGAUUUUUUCAUUUUGAAUGUUUAUUUAUUUCAUUUGAAUUUUUUACAAAAAAAUUUACUGUGUUUUCCUUCCCUCAGCUGCAAGUGGGUUGGUUUGUUUGUGAUUCUGUGGGCUGGUAUUACAACAGUUUUAAAUCUUUGGGAUCUUUUAGGAGAUCUGUCUUUGUCUCUGGUUAGUAUCAUUUCCUGUUUAUUAUAUCAGAAUAUUAAUAAAUAAACUUGUCAUUAUUUGGUUUGAUUUGAAUAUUGAUAAAAAUUUCUCUGAUCUACAUGAUUCAAAUUUGCUAUGGUGCAAAGGAGGUGUGUCAAAAUGAGGAAAUUAAGUGAUGAAGUUAUUUGCUAUGUCAAGAGCACAGGAUGAAGAAAAGAGUAGCGGCCAUUUUGAGAAAUUGAACCUUAGAUCUACAAAUAACUUGCUGGUUGGCUGGGCCACAAAAGAGGUUUUUGUGUGACAAGUGUCCUGCAUGAUGUUCAGUGAUGUGAAAGUGUUGUAUGUGUUAUUACAUGUAGCAUAAGAUGUUAUCGUUAUAUUUACAAUGUCUUUUUACUUUGUUCCAGUUUGAGAUUGGUAAACACUUUAUGGCUCGAGUGCUUUGUUUGAUUAUGAUCCCCAUCUUUGUGUACCUCUUUUGGUUUGCUGUUCAUUUCAAGAUGCUGCCUAAAACGUAAGAACUUGUUGCAUAUUAUUUAAUAUUUACCCUACAUUUAGUUAUUAAAGUCACAUUUCCUUGAACUUACAUAUGCCUGCCUUGUUAAUGAGGGGUCUUCUCCGUUCAAGUCAUUUUGAUAUAGGGACUGGAAAAAUUUUUAGAGAAACCAUGUCUAAAGAUCAUUUUGUUGUUUUUGUGUUAAUUUUUUUGCCAACUGAAGGUAUUCAGUUUUGAUUUAUUCAUUAAGAUUGGGUGGCAGUCAUUGAGUUUGAUCACUGAUAAGAUCUUUACAUGGAAAACUUGUUUAAUAAAGUGUACUUUGUUUACUUCCUCCCCUGCAUAACAUGCAAUCUAUUUUAUGUGAAAAUUCAAGGGGAUUCUUUGUAUAGAGGGAAAGUACACACCAGCAAAGUUAAGGAGGACUGCUAUGGAUGCAAUGGGUCUUUUUGUUAUUAAUAGCACUUUCUCUUUCUUUGCUAAGUGGAACUUCAGCAGUGAUUGUUCACCAAUCCCUAGCAGUAGGGGAGAGUCUGUAGCGGGCUUCACUUGUAGUUUAUACUGCUUAUUUGACCUAACUAGUGAUUGUAAAGAGUAUCUCAAUGAACAUGCUGGGUGAGCUUCUCUCCUAGGAAGUCAUAUUUGGUAAGAAAAAAGUGUAAAAGAACUUAAUGAAAAUGGUUAAUAAUAUGUGUUUAGUAUGUACUAAUUGUUUUUCUUUGAUUUAGUGGGCCAGGUGAUGGAUUUUUCAGUUCUGCCUUUCAGUCAACUCUACAAGGAAAUGUUCUUUACAAGAAUGUGGUACCUGCAGGUAUAUGAAUUACAUAACUGAAUGUAUAGACUGGCUGAAGUGUUUAUUUUGAAGUUCCAAAGUUUUGCUCCAUAAUGAUUUAGCCACAGAGGAAGUUUCUCUUGUAAUGGUUUCUUUGAUUUAAGCUAAAGUUUUUCAGAAAGUAUUCUACCUGGUAAUUGAUGUUCAAGUGUAAUACUUCAGACUGAUAUUUUCAAUUAACUCCUUUUUUUCUACAGACCUUGCUUUUGGUUCAAUUGUUACACUCAAAAACACUCGUGCAGGAGGAGCUCUUUUACAUUCACAUCAUCAUCUUUACCCCAAAGAACAUCCUCCUGAGCAGCAACAGGUCAGUAUGUUUUAAUAUGAAUUUCUCUUAAACUAGUGGCUGUGUUGGCACAAUUGUUUUAAUUUAGGGGCCCCCAUUUGUGUCUUCUUGAUGGCCCUUUUUUAAAAUGUCCAUACCAAUAACAGCAUGUGAAUGUGUUCCUCGCUGUGACAAAUUCCAGUCCUUGCAUACAAGAAAUUGUUUUGACAAGUCUCAGUUAAUGUCUUUAUAAGUUCCCUGUUGAUGUCUGUUGGAGAGGCAUUGUAUGAAUUUUGGGAACUGUGUUGAAAUUGUCUACUUCAAGUUUGGAUAGAUGGGAAUAAAAUUGGAAUGGAAAAGGGAAUUGCUACACAGUCGCUGGAUUGGGUCUUUCCCUUUUGGUAUAAAAGGUCUGAUAAGAAAAUUAAUCAUCACAGUUUCCACUGGAUGACUUACCGGUAAUGAAGACACAUUUCAUUCAUCAUAAUUAAAAUGUUCUUUUCACAGAUUACUUGCUACUCUCACAAAGAUGACAACAACAAAUGGUUGGUGAAAAAGGCCUAUGAAGAUUACAGUAAGUUUAUGGCUGAGAUCUCUCAUUCAUCUUUACACCCUAACAUCAGUUUGUAAGUUCUCCAUACUAAUCUCUAUACAUUUCCUAUGAUGCUCACAAGGAGAAUUUGCUUAAUAAUCAAGAGCUUCUCGACUUCAUGACCAUUUCCUUUAUUCUCAUGACCUUAACAUUUGAUUCAGGGUUGGUACUGUUGGGAGAAAUUAGAUGUGUAUCACUUUAAGGGGUUAAAGGAUUCAUUGCAUUUUUAAAUACUAACUCCAGCCUAUAACUAUUUUUAUGUACACCGCCCUUACAGAUGACCAGCAACCUAUUGAAUACCUCAAGAAUGGAGACUGGAUCAGGCUGGAGCAUAUUGGGUAUGUUCAACAAUUAUUUUUAUUAUUUUAACCCUCUACGCCCUAACCUUAGCAGGUAUAUUCUCCAUACUGUUCUCUAUACAUUUCCUAUGGCACUGACAAGGAGAAUCUAGAUACAAAUAAAUAGCUUUUCAAGUUUGUGAUCAUUUCCUUAAAUCUCAUGGGCCUCAUGUUUGAUUCAGCAACGAUACCUUAGGGAGAUAUUAGAUGCUAGUUACCCUCAGGGUCAAGUGUGAGUGUUCAUCGUAAGAAUAUAGGAAUAAAAUCCUUGUUGCAGUGUAACUCUUCAGUGAUAGCUCAGAGAUGAUGUCAAAAUGUGGUAACAACAUCGGUGAUAUCUACACUCUUUUUUGCACCUUAUGUGCCACUUUUUUGUUCUUAUCAUAUUUUGACGUCAUCUGUGAUCUAUUACCAAACAGAUGCUUUCCAUGUUCAUGUAACAUGUGUAAACAAUAACUUGCUAACUUUGUUCCAGAACCAAGAGAAAUCUUCACAGUCAUCAAGAAAAAGCUCCACUCACCACUCAUCAUAAUCAAGUAACAGGUUAUGGAGAUGUGAGUAUUGGCAGUUAUAAAAGAACUUAUGACAGAGUUUUAGUCUAUCAAUAAGCAAUAUAUAGAAUUUUCUGAUAAACCCUUUAACUCCCAAGAUGUGAUUGUUAAUUCUCCCCUCUAGCUGCUACUCAUUUCCUUAUAAAUGUGUUACAAGAAUUUGGUGUUAGAUCAAGAGAACAACCUCUUCUGGAUAACUUUGAGUAUUCUCAUUGCCGUUUUUCUGGAGAAUGUUUAGAUAUAUUUAGGCAGAAGUUAUGUUUAAUCACCUCUGGGAGUCAAGGGGUUAAGUGGUACAGUUAAUGUGGCUGGAAUGUUGUCCAAAUUGUGGUGUGUUGUAGUACAAAUGAGGUUUCAGUCUCUGAGAUUAUUUUUGAAUUGACACAUGAAGGGUCUCAGUGUUUUUCUAAAGUAAGCACAAACACUAUUUCUGUCACCAUAAAUGGUUCCUUAUUUUCAAUCAAAAGCUUAUUUUACAAGCAUUUGAAUCAACUUAAUUCUUCUAGAAUGGGAAAGGAGAUGCUAAUGAUUUUUGGCGUCUUGAAGUUGUGAGUGGUGAAGGUGAAGAUGGACGAAUUAAGACUGUGAAGACAGUUUUCAGACUUGUUCAUGUCAACUUGGGCUGUGCUCUUCAUGGAAGUACCCAGGUCCUACCAAAAUGGUGAGUGGUGAAUGCUGAUAUUUCCAGCUUGAUGAAGGGAUUUAUCAAAAGGGAAAUUCUACACCUUUUCAUUUGUAACUGUCUACUUGAAUGCUGGUGAUCUGUUCUUCUUUUUACACAUGUCAGUGAGUUAGUCAGUUAGUCUUUUAAUCAGUUCAGUCAGUUUCCAGUCAGUUGGACAGUCAGUCAUUCAGUUAGUCAGUUGCUCAGUAAGUCAGCAUUUAAGGUGUCUGAUUUCUGAGGCUUGUCUGGGGUAUCAUCAAGAAAAUAAGGAUGUCAACAGUAAUGAUAAUGCCAGGGGUUAAAAUUGAGUCUAGAAAUGCAAAUAAUAAUAAUAUAAUAAUAAUAAUAAUAAUAAUAAUAAUAAUAAUAAUAAUAAUCAAACAAUGUACAAUAACCUGUGUGUAGCCAUUAUCAGACUAGUUCUCUCUGUAUUUAAUAUGUUAUUGAGGAUAGCUAGUCUUAGCUUAAACGUCAAAUUUCAGUUCAGAAGAGUUGUAAAUGUUAGUUUGUUCAGCAACAGUUCAAUUUUUUUUCCAGGGGAUGGGAGCAGCUUGAGGUCACCUGCAAUCCCAUUGUAUAUCAUUCACAUAACCUUUGGAAUGUUGAGGGUCAUGAAAAUGAAAGAGGUGAAAAAGAAAAGCAACAAUGUGUUAAUUAUUUAUUUUGGUAGUGUCCUUCAAAAGCACCAGCGAGCAGCAUUUUUUUCUGGAGUGCUGGCCAGUUUGAUUAGACACUGUAUCAUUGAAAAAAAAUUGAUAUACCUGUUUCAAUGCAAAAUAAAUAUUAACACUUGGUGGCUGAUGUUCAUUAUGGUUGGCUUCUCGACAAUUAUAUAUUUGGCAGUGUCCUCCAAAAGCAUCAGUGGGUGGCAUAUUUUCUGUCUACUCAUUUCUGAAGUGCUGGCCAAUUUAAAUAGACAAAUGAAGGAACAUGCCUGUUUUAGUCUGAUAGAAAUUUUAAUCUUUGUCAGCUGAUGUUAAGUAUGGUAGGCUACUUUGGAGAAACUGUUAUGGACAAGAAAAGUCAUUAUGCACUUUGAAAUAAUCAACAGACAAACAAUUUUCUAACAGACGUUUUCUCUCUGGUUUUAAGACAUCAUAUUACAUGUAAAUAAUUAUGGUCAUUUUCAUUGCUUAUUUACACCAAUGUCUUACACAUGGCAAUUCCAUUCAUGUCACAGCAGAUUUUUCUUUGUUUUUGUGUUCAUGGCUGUAUAUGAGGUGUCAUUACCCAACUGAGGGAACCAGGGAGGAUUCAAUCAUCACAUUCAUGAUAAAAAUUAUUAUUUUAUUAUUUAUUUUCUGUUUUCUUUUGUAAAUUACCAGCUCUGCUGUCAGAUAAAUAUUUUAUUUCUUAGCCCAUCUGAUGUAAUAAACUAUUAUCAAAUGUUUCUUUUUUCUGUACGUUUAGUUCCAAAAUCUGCAUCAGACUUUUAUAAGCCUUCAUUUCUUGGUAGUGUCUAUGAAUCACAUGUUGUCAUGGCUCAGGUAUGGUGUUGCAAUUGACAUUCAAUUAUUGUGUUGUACCAGAAAGUGCACCAAACCUUUGGAAUAACUCUUUUAGGCUAGCAGUGUAAAUCCAGGUAGUAGAUAAUUGACUGGAAAACAAGAGGAAACUAAUUGUGAACUAGUGUUAAACAUAGCUUUACUUUUCUAUCAUGUUGAGCCCUGAACAUUCUCAGGCAGUCAAGGCCAUUUAAGGCUUAUCUUUCUUUCUGGAAUUUUACAAUGCCUCUUCUUGCAUAUGUACUUUUAUUUUUUAAUGACAAAGUAACUUUUGUUCAAAAGAAAUUGUGCACACUUAUUCAUUUUGCUUCAUAGCUUCUAAGUUUUUAUUCUUUUGUUCAAGAGAUAUUUCAUCCUGCUUAUUAUUCUUUGUUUACAGACCAACUCUGGAUUCAAACCAAAGGAAGGGGAAGUGACGUCACAACCCUGGCAGUGGCCAAUUAACUACCGGGUUAGAUAAAUAGAUUGAAAAGAAGAUGUUACAUUUUUUAAUUUUACUACCAAGCUAAAAUCUUACCACCAUUCUUAUCCUACAAUUACUCACAUGAUGCUUUUCAAAUUGCUGAUCUCAGCAGUAUGUAGAAGGUGUGUCACUAGACUAUGAGUAGCCCCUCCUUUUCAGCAGAGUGUGUGGUGAGAAUAAAAAAGAUCAGUUGAAGAAAUAAUUGAUAUCAACAUGCCUCAUGGAACUAUCGCUAAGUCUGUAGUGCCUUCUUUUGUGAGCCUUAUCUCAAUUUUUAGUGUGGUGCACUAACAUCAAUGUAUGUUUGCACUGAUUUUCUUUUUACUUGUGGGACAGACUUUGCUGAAAACCAGGAACUGCUCGUAAUCUAGCAUGUUGCAUGAAUUGUCAGGGAAGCCUGAUGAAAUGCAGGGGGGGUUGCCUAGUGAUGGACUGCCAUUCCAAUCCUGAGAGGAGUUGUAAUACUUCUAGUUGCUUCAUGCUAUGGAAACUGGGAUAAGCUCCACCUGGAUAGGCCACUUGGCUUGAGUACAGACUUGGUAUUGGGGCAUAUUUUAUGAAAAACAUGAAUGUAGUAUCAUAGGAAAUGUAGGGAUACAACAAUAAAGCGAUUAUGCCUUCUGAUGUUAGGGUGUAAAUGGUUACUGUGAAAUUACUCACUUCUCAAUAUUUCAUUUUGCAGGGUCAGGUAUUUUCUGGUGCAGAUUAUCGUGUCUAUCUCCUUGGCAAUCCAGUGAGUUUUUGUUUUUUACUUUUAAAAAACACACACUUAAGACAUGUAACUUGCACUUUGAUGGGACAAAUUAAUAAAAGUAAUUUAAUAAAUGCGAUUCACUUAGUCAUUCUUUUUCUCCACAAUGCUGUCAGGUUAUUUGGUGGUACAUAUUGGGAAUUAUGUGCUUGUUUGGCCUGCUGUAUUGUUUCCAUGCUGUAAGAACACAAAGAGGCUUCAUUGAUCCACCUGUAGAACAAGGUACAAGCUUCUCCCUCGCUACUCCUAAGCUAUGUAUUUUCACCUUCUUAAAAUAAGUUUUGCAGUGUUAAUUUAAAUUCUUUGUCUUGGCCAGUUCUGGAUCUCUCUCUGAGUAAAACUGCAGAAUUUAGCAUUGUUUUAUACAUUGAAAUAGUUCUAUGAUCAUGUUAUGUAUUACCAAUAUACCCAUUUUGGCUAUUGUUUAUAAAUGUUAUUGUAGUGUAAAUUACUACUGGAGAAGUUGUGGUGGCUUUAUGGCUUAAGUGCACUCAUCUCAGAACUAAAAAGUUGGCAUUCAAGCUCUGAGCAGGUUCUCCCAUUCUGUUCUUGAGCAAGAUACUUAGGUCUGACAAUUUUUUCCCCACUGAGGAGUAAAAAUGCACACUGGUGAACUUAAGCGAAAUCUGACAAAUUGUUGGGUGGAUUAUCUUUUAAUGAACUUGCAUUUAAUCUAGGGGAACAAGAAGUGUGUGUAGUUGCUUUAUGUUACAGAAACUAGAGAUAAGCAUUGGCAGUUAUGUAUGUCUCGGCAUCUUAGUCUUUUAACUCCCAAGAUCUGAUUUUUAAUUCUCCCCUCUAGCUACUACACAUUUUCUUGUAAAUUAGUUACAAGAAUUUGGGAUCAGAUCAAGAUAACAACUUCUACCUGAUAGUUUGUAUUCUCAUUACCUGUUUGGUGGAUAAUGUUUGGAUAUUACAGGGAGAAGUUGCAUGUUAAUCACUUCUGUGAGUUACAGGGUUACAAUAGCGUGUACAUUCAUACACAUCGGUUCUAAUUUUACAAUCAAAGAAAAAGAAUAACUAUUUCAGGUGUUGGGUCACUUUAGGGAUCAAGAUGUAUAAAUCGUCUCUCUUAUCUCUGUUUUCAGCUCGUAGGAAAAGAAUGGAGUCAGCCUCUGGUUGGUUGUUCCUUGGUUGGGCCUUGCAUUAUUUUCCCUUUUAUGCCAUGGGUCGAGUGUUAUACUUCCAUCACUAUUUUCCUGCUUAUCUCUACAGUGCCAUGAUGGCUGGUGAGUUAUAAACUAGAUACUUCAUUAUGACUGUGAAGUGUUUAUCAGGUUUCAGGCUGAUUAAAGAAUUCCGUACUGUAGUAAAUGCAAGACAUCUGUCUGUGGGAUUUGUUUAGUAGUGUAUGAAAAAAUUUACCCUGGUAUUUGUUUGCUAUUUGGCAAUGUUUAUAUACACACAAUGAUCUUGACUAGCCCAGUUGCAAGAGCCUUUUUAAACCUAUCAUUGGCUUAAUUUGCUCGGCAACUUGAACUAUCUGAUGAAUGAAACUGCUUGUAGCACCAAUUAUAGCUUGUCUGCUGGCUUAAGAAUUAACUUCUAAAGAACAAUGUAGGACAACAUGGAGGAUCCAUUCUCUUUGGUUCAUUUUAUCCAGUAUGUUUUAUUUAGUGAAAGUAAGGUUAAUGUUUGAUUUUCAGGUAUAGUGAGCCAAUAUUUGUGCAAAUCAGUGGCUAUGCUUCCCAAGCUUGAAAAGUUUAAAGAGAUGGUUUACUACAGUACUAUAUGCUUGCUUCUGGCUGGAUGUAUCAUCAGGUAGUUUAACCUUUAAAUUACACUCUAAAAUCAGCAUGCAUAUUCUCCAUACUGUGCUGAAAAGGAGAAGUUUUUCAAUAAUCAGGAGCCUGCUUAGUUGGUGAUCAUUUCCUUUAUUCUCAUGACCUUAAUGUGUGAUUCAGGGGUGACAUAUAUUGUAAUUAGAAAUUAGAUGCUAUUCUCUGUUAAGGGCCAAAGGGUGAACAGUCCAAUCUUCUUGCAUGAGUCAGGAUUUUGUCUCACCUCGAGUCUGUUGAAGAUACCAACUACUUAAAUGUUUGAAAAGUUGCAACUGAUAGUGACUUAAAUGCACAAGGAUAGACUGGAUAUUUAAUAUGUGAUGGACAGACAGAUGUAAAAUCUGAUGUAAAAUCUGUAAUGGAUGUGAGUUCACUGAGGGGCCUUACAUCAAUUGCAUAUUGCAUUGGAGAGAUCUUCAAACUGCCACGGCUUAAUCUGGGCAGGAUCCUAGGGCAAUCAUAGCAAGAUCUUGGUGUAUUCUUGGUGUGAUUCCUGUUUGGCUGAUUUGGUAUUGUCCUGGGUUGGGCUGUUGCAUAACACGAUGCAACAACAUUCUGAAUUGCUACCCUGAGGGUUGGCCAUGAUUACACCAUUAACUCCACCUUCACAAGUGACAAUGUGUACUGUGUAAUAAAACUAAAAUAUCAUUAAUAACUUCAUUUCCUUCCUUGACAGUUUCUGGUUAUUCCGAGGACUCUCCUAUGGCAUGUCUGGUCCCAUGGCUCAUCUUCCUGACUCAACUGCUGCCGUCUACAAGUGGAUGGACAGCUGGGAGGUGUAGCAUGUUGCAAGAGACCAACUAUUUAUACCACAAGGAUGCAACAAAUG